CAGGUCCGUUCCUAGUCACGGCGGUGAAAGCGGGACACUGCUUCGCCUCCUGCCUUGCAACUACAUACACUCGUUGCGCGCUGCUGUCCUUGCAGGAUAGGGACUUUCAAGUGGCCGCGGCUUGAGUCGACAUUGAGAGUGCCCCUCCGCUCGCCUUGGCCUUCAAGCAGGCAUAUUGCUUUGAUCGCAGCGGGAGCAUCUCUGCCAUAAGUAUCGCAUGUCCAAAGACUUGAUGGCGACCGCGUUUUGUAACUCGAGAUCCACCUGGGCCAUGAUGCGUCUCUUGGCCACUUCACUUUUCAUUUUCAAUGCGGUUACAGCUCUCGGUGCCGCGACCUGGAAUGCGGAACCCUUCAAUCCCCCCUCUGUUCCACUUGCUGUUAGGUCACCCUACCUCUCGGCAUGGCUUGCUCAAGGGCAAGGCACGGCACUCAAUGACGCGUGGCCGACGUUCUGGACUGGCUCCAUCCUCGGGUGGGCCGGAUUGGCCAAGGUGGAUGGCCAGGCUUACAUCUGGAUGGGACAGCCUGGUAUCCCCAAUGUUAAUAUACACAAGGCCACACAGAAGAGUUUGCAGUUUACUUCCACCCAGAGCGUGUUCGUAAUGACGGCAGGACUCGUCGAUCUUACUAUAACUUUCCUCAGCCCAAUUGAGCCUUCAGACUUCGUGAACCAGUCCCUUCCUUUGUCCUAUUACUCGGUAUCUGCGGCAUCAACCGACGGCAAGUCUCACAGCGUGCAAGUGUAUGCAGAUAUUAGCGCGGAAUGGGUGAGCGGCGAUGACACCCUCAUCGUCAACUGGGCCACAACAACUGGGGAUGUGCUCUCGCAUGAGGUGAAGCUGGAUACCCAGACCACGUAUACUAAGAUCAACGAUCGCAUCCAACAGGGUUCUGCCUUCCACUCUACGCUCAACACGGCUGGUGCCACUUUUCAGACUGGUGAAGAUGUUGUCGUCCGAGCCCAGUUCGCUACCAAUGGGACACUUUUGAAUACGCAAGACACAUCAUUCCGUGCUGUAAGCGACCGCUGGCCCGUCUUCGCCUUUGCGCAUGAUCUCGGUGCCGUUGCGUCUGCCACGACUCCCGUCGUCUAUUCCAUCGGCCAUGUGCGCGAUCCUGUGGUCCAGUACAUCAUCAUGAACGCAGAUACGCAAGCUCGGAGUUCAUACUUCUGGGCACGCUUCGCUAGCAUCGGCGAUGCGAUCUUGACCUUCCUUAACGACUAUCCUAACGCUCUGGCACGAGCCAAUGUGUUUGAUGCUCAAGUCAAGUCUGAUGCUAGCAAAAUUUCAGCUGACUAUGCAUCUCUUGUGGCCUUGUCCAUCCGGCAAGUUUUCGGAGCUACCGAGAUUACCGUUACGAGUGGCUUGUUCGAUAGUUCAAACAUGCUGAUGUUUAUGAAGGGCGUGCAUUAUCCCAAUGCCACCGGCCACAACGAUGGCAAAGACGAGGCUAUGCCGGUCGAAGAGAGCGGCAACAUGCUCAUCAUGACGCUCAGCUGCACCCAGCGGACAGGCGAUCUAUCAUUAAUCAAGACUUACUUCAGCCUACUUGACCAAUGGACUCAGUUCCUCAUCACGGACUCUUUGAUUCCUGCCAAUCAGCUCAGCACAGAUGACUUCGCAGGCGCCUUGGCGAACCAGACGAACCUCGCGAUCAAGGGCAUCAUCGGAAUCCAAGCGAUGGCUGAGAUCGCGAAACUCAACGACGACGAGGCGCGAGCCUCGAACUACAGCAUACAUUUCUUUGCAUAUGAGAGUUCGCCAUGUAGGUUCACCUCUAUAUUGCAGUCGAUUGCAGCCUCGUAUGUACAACAGUGGCAGAAGUUGGCUACGUCUUCCGAUGGUUCCCAUUUGACGCUCUCGGUACAUCGCCGUAUCCAUAGGUGUUGAUAUAGCGAUAGCAACAGCUGGGGUAUUGCAUACAACCUCUACGCCGACAAGCUACUGGGGACGAACAUCUUCCCGUCAUCUGUGUAUGACAUGCAGACCGCGUGGUAUGCUGAGAAAGACAACGCAUUUGGCGUACUGCUCGACACCCGCCACACGUACUCCAAGUCCGACUGGCAAAUUUGGACGGCGGGUACCGUCACCUCGACAACCGUCCGAGACCAGUUCGUCAGAGCCGUACUGAACUACGCCUCAGAUGCAAAGAACAACCAGCCUCUGGGCGACUUGUAUGACACGAUCGACGGCACCCAGGUAGCGAACUCCGGCCACGCGCGGCCUGUCGUUGGGGGCCACCUCGCUUUG